AUGGAGCUUUACUCCAUUAAUUAUCUUCAUUAUGGAGCUCCAAAAUACUGGUUUGCCGUACCUCCGGAAGCUGCAACUCGCUUCGAAAGGCUCAUGCGGCAGCAGUUUCCUACAUACGAUCACCACUGUAAAGCUUUCAUGAGACACAAGAGUUUCUCUGUGCUUCCGGCUCUCUUGGAUAUGCACAGGAUUCCAUAUGGGACGAUGAUGCAGCAUCCUAAUGAGUUCAUCAUAACAUUCCCUCAUGUUAUCAUAUGGGUUUUAAUUUGGGUUACACUAUCGCGGAAAGCACGAAUUUCGCUACAGAUCGUUGGAUAGAUUUCGGAAAGAAUGCUGUUCUGUGUAAAUGCCGUUCAGACACCGUAGAAAUUGAUAUGACGCCCUACAUGCAGAAAUAUCGUCGAGAUGAUUUUGAAUGGUACUCUUAUUGGUAUAUGCCUAAGGCAACCCCAUGCUUCGAUAGCGCUCAGUGCAGAAAAAGGAGAAAAGACGAAUAUGGUACCAUUAGACAUACAAGACAUUCAACCUCCUAUAGGAAAAGGCGACGUAGAACCGAUGACGAUUUUACUGGAGGCUCAUCGUCUUCCGACGAGUUCAUCUCCUUACACACGCCGUUGCCUCCGUCGCAGCUGUCCCCAUCUAUUCUGCGAGCUUCUUGGAAAAACAAUAUAUCCUUAUUAUGGGCGAAUGAGUCUGUCAACUUCUUUGCUGAGAAAGCUUUCAACCAGUCUGCUGCUCGUUCGUGGCUACAUUGUGCUGUUUGCCAGUACUUUGAAA